AUGGCCACAGCAGCGACGGACGACCACGCACCUGCCGUCCAGCUCACGGCCAACGAAAACUUCUUUCGCUAUUUGCAGCACGAAGUAACAGACGAUCUGCAAGAGCAGAUGACCCGUAUCGAGAGUCACGGCUCAUCCGGCGGCGAACGUGCUGAUGCUGUAGACCAUGUCAGAUCAGUCAUCGCCCGACUGUCUGCAGAAGUCCAGGACGCAUCAUCCUACAUACCUGCCUACCAUCAGCGAACAUAUGGAGACGCCAUCAAGGCUCUGAACGCCAAGCUGCACGAGGUCAAGACAGCAAAUGCUCCUAGGCAGAAGUUCUCCUUCAAGAACAGGCAGCUGUUCAGCGCCGAGAAGAAUGAGUCUGCGAUCAGUCUGAACGAUGCAGCAGAACUGGCAAGCCAGAAGAGACGCCAAAUUCCAGGCUUCCCGGCGCAUCUAUCCGACGCUUCGAGCUAUAUCAACACGCCAGCCAGCAAUGCCCAGACACCAGCAAACGAGAGAGAAGACGUUGAGCUUGCUAUGAAAGACAGCGGUGCACAAGGCGCCUCUGCCAGCUCUGAUGGCCUCUUAUCUACCGACACUGUCCGACUUCGAAAGCUGUCCUGUUCAGAGAGCAAUGCCGUCUUCAUCGACUCUCACGAGAAGAUCCACGUUACGCUUCCUUCAGCAGCCAGUCAUGCUACAGGCUCAGGCACGGUCUCGAACGUGGACCACUGCAUUGUGGACAUGUCAACACCAACUACUGCUGGAAAGCCGUUCGCAGGACUCACGCUGAAGAACAUCUCAUCUUCAUUGAUCAUCUGUGGCCAUGUCGCUGGCGCAAUCCAUCUCACGAACGUCAAGAACUCCGUCAUCGUGGUAGCGAGCCGACAGUUCAGGAUGCACGAGUCGUCAAACUGUGAUGUGUAUCUCCUGGCAACGUCGCGACCCAUCCUAGAAGACUGCUCGGCCAUUAGAUUCGCACCUCUUCCACACGCAUACAUGACGGAAGAAGAUCGAAAUGUCGAAAACAAGUGGUCAAACGUGGACGAUUUCAAGUGGCUGAGGAACGAGCAGAGUCCGCACUGGAGCCCUAUGGAUCCUUCGAAACGUGUCGCGGAGAAAAUCUGGAGACACGUUGUUCCUGGCGGUCCAGAUUUGAGUGUUGAGAACAUUCUCGAUGCUGUCAACCUACCGACGUGA